GAGCCCUCGGGCCCGCGCUUGCGCGCGGCUGAGCCGGUUCUCCCUUGCCCCCCUGCCGGCGCCGGGAGAGGUAGGGAGAGGGCGGGGGGAAGGAAGAGGAGGCGGGAUCCGGGAGCUGCGCUGGCUGCGGCCUGGCACGAAGGGGGCGGCCCUGGCGGAGCUGUGAGACCCAGCGGCCCCCGGUGAUUAUGGACCCGGCCGAGGCGGUGCUGCAGGAGAAGGCGCUCAAGUUUAUGUGCUCUAUGCCCAGGUCUCUGUGGCUGGGCUGCUCCAGCCUGGCGGACAGCAUGCCUUCGCUGCGAUGCCUGUAUAACCCAGGGACUGGCGCACUCACAGCUUUCCAGAAUUCCUCAGAGAGAGAAGACUGUAAUAAUGACGAGCCCCCUAGGAAGAUAAUACCAGAGAAGAAUUCACUUAGACAGACUUACAAUAGCUGUGCCAGACUCUGCUUAAACCAAGAAACUGUAUGUCUAGCAAGUACUGCUAUGAAGACUGAAAAUUGUGUGGCCAAAACAAAACUGGCCAAUGGUACCUCCAGCAUGAUUGUACCCAAGCAAAGGAAACUCUCUGCAAGUUAUGAGAAGGAGAAGGAGCUGUGCGUCAAAUAUUUUGAACAGUGGUCAGAGUCUGACCAGGUGGAAUUUGUGGAACAUCUAAUAUCCCAGAUGUGUCACUACCAACAUGGGCACAUAAACUCAUACCUCAAACCCAUGCUACAGAGAGAUUUCAUAACUGCCUUGCCAGCUCGAGGUUUAGAUCAUAUUGCUGAAAACAUUUUAUCAUACCUGGAUGCCAAAUCACUGUGUGCCGCUGAGCUUGUGUGCAAAGAGUGGUAUCGAGUGACAUCAGAUGGGAUGUUGUGGAAGAAACUCAUCGAGAGAAUGGUCAGGACAGACUCCCUGUGGAGAGGCCUGGCAGAACGGAGAGGAUGGGGACAGUAUUUAUUCAAAAACAAACCUCCUGAUGGGGUUGCCCCUCCAAACUCUUUUUACAGAGCACUUUAUCCUAAAAUUAUACAGGACAUUGAGACAAUAGAAUCUAACUGGCGUUGUGGAAGACACAGUUUACAGAGAAUCCAUUGCCGGAGUGAAACUAGCAAAGGAGUUUACUGUUUACAAUAUGAUGAUCAGAAGAUAGUAAGUGGCCUUCGAGACAACACUAUCAAGAUCUGGGAUAAGAACACGUUGGAGUGCAAGCGAAUCCUCACAGGACACACAGGAUCAGUCUUGUGCCUCCAGUAUGACGAGAGGGUGAUCAUAACUGGGUCUUCUGAUUCCACCGUCAGAGUAUGGGAUGUAAAUACAGGUGAAAUGUUGAACACAUUGAUUCACCAUUGUGAAGCAGUUCUUCAUUUGCGUUUCAAUAAUGGAAUGAUGGUGACAUGCUCCAAAGACCGUUCUAUUGCUGUAUGGGAUAUGGCCUCCCCCACCGAUAUCACCCUUCGAAGGGUGCUGGUAGGACAUCGAGCUGCUGUUAAUGUUGUGGACUUUGAUGACAAGUAUAUUGUCUCUGCAUCAGGAGACAGGACUAUAAAGGUAUGGAACACGAGUACUUGUGAAUUUGUUAGGACCUUAAAUGGCCACAAGCGAGGCAUUGCCUGUCUGCAGUACAGAGAUAGGCUAGUAGUGAGCGGCUCAUCUGACAAUACUAUCAGGUUGUGGGACAUAGAGUGUGGAGCAUGUUUACGAGUGCUGGAGGGCCAUGAGGAACUGGUGCGCUGUAUUCGAUUUGAUAACAAGAGGAUAGUCAGUGGGGCCUAUGAUGGGAAAAUUAAAGUAUGGGAUCUUGUAGCUGCUCUGGACCCCCGUGCUCCUGCAGGAACUCUCUGUCUGCGGACCCUUGUGGAGCAUUCAGGAAGAGUUUUCCGACUCCAGUUUGAUGAAUUCCAGAUCGUCAGUAGUUCACAUGAUGACACAAUCCUCAUCUGGGACUUCCUUAAUGACCCAGCUGCCCCAGCUGAGCCACCUCGAUCCCCUUCUCGCACAUACACCUAUGUCUCGAGAUAAAUAAUCAUACAUUGACCUCACACUUGCACAGGACUCAUUAAAGUUGCGGUAUUUAAUGUAUCUGCCAAUGCCAGGACAAGCAACAACAAAAACAACAACUAUCCAGUUACCCAGGACUAGCUGAAAAGUGGGGCUUUCAGACUCAUGUUUGAACAGAGUUGGCCUGCAGUCGACCCAGGAUGGUCUGCUCAGCACAGCUGACUGCUAAAGUGCUGCUAUCAGAAGAUGUCUUUUAUCUUUGGUGAAUGAUUGGAACUUUUAAACCUCCCCCCUUCCCUGUCCCUUCUUCCUUUCCCCACUGCACCUGUUUUCCCCCUCUUUGGUUGCAGGCACAGAUGACCUAUAAAUAUAUUUAGUGUUUUGCCAGAAUCUCUGUUGCUUUGCUGUUAAGCAGAAGAACUAGUGCCCCUGAGAGAGCUCCUCCUGAGGGACAGGAGGAUGCUGCUUGGAGCUAGACAGCUUAGCAGCCUCUGCAGACUUUUGAGCUUUGGGAGCAUCCAGCACCUGACUGAGAAACACCAUUAAUGAAGAAGAGGCAAAAGUUGCCUAAUGCCUUCUGGGGCUGUCCCGAGUGAAAGGAUGUGUGAAUGUGUGUGUGGCAUUUUUGUGGUUUAUUACCACUGGCAUAUCUGGUACAUUGAUCCAGGAUCUCUUGUUUCCUCCUUUCUCUCUCUUUCUCUCUUCCCUCUUCCCAGUUCUCUAACCACUUAGAAAGAAGAUAUAUGAAUGUCUUCAGCAUGCUUGAGGUAGAUCAACCAGAAGAUACCACACUCAAAAGGGUUAAAAAAUUGUUCAGAUAAAGUGUCCAAGCCAAGAUUUUGCUUCAGGUUAUCCCAGUAGGUGAGUCUGUAGUGGAUACUGAGCCUGUAAAAGUGGUACAUAGGAACUAGCACUCCUCACCUCUUCCCCCACCAAAAAACAGGACUAUGCCAGCCCCCAUCUUUGUCUGCCUUUUUUUUUUCCUGGACACAGCAGUCUCCCUGAUUCCAUGUAGAGCAUUGGAAGGAGGAACUGAUUACAUUUCCUCUCAUUAACAAUUAGAUGUGUAAUAAAAGCAAUUGUACUUCAUCUUAAAUCCCUCAGACUACAAAAAAGGUUUAGAGUGACCAGGGCCAAUCCCUUGGGUGUAUUCAGCAUAACAGCUUACUUCUGCUCAUAUCAGGAUGCUGAGCAUUCAAGUGGUAACAUCUUUCCUGCAAUUGUGAACCAAAUAGUUGAAGAAAUAGUCAAGAGCGAAAAGAUGAUCAAGAUUGCUUUGGGGCUAGUAAAUACCAUCUCCCCCCAAAUAAAAUCUAAUCACUUUAACUUUGUAUUGCAGAAUCUGCCUGCGUUCUUUUCUAAACCAUGUACUUAGGGUUGAGCUGCCAUCAAAGAAGAAUCAGGCUGAAAUUUGGGAAACAAAUUUCACCUAAUUGAGGAGGAGAUUGGGAUUGUAUUAGCCAUUCUUCCCCUCUCUUCCUUUCCUUUCCCUUCCCACCCCUAACCCACACAGAUUUCUCAGGCAUUUAGUUGGUAAUGUAAAUGAAUGACCAUCAUUAAAUAGUUGUCUAGAAAGCAUCCAUGUUGGAUCAGACAUGUGACCAUGACUCAUGUGACCCUCCACAGUGUUAGUGAGGACACUGGGAAUCACAGAAGUUUACUCUACAUGUUCCCAGACCCCAUAACAUGGAAUAUGUAAACUUGCAUUAACCAUCAAACUGGGCUCAGAGCAAGUAGGAUAACCAAGGCCCUACCAUCAUGUAUGUCCCUCCUCAAGUUUCUCAUGGAAGCUGAGCAGGCAAAUCUAUCAUUUCCCUUUUUAGUUACAGCUGGCCAAACAAAACAACUUCUCAGGCAACACUGAUAGCCUGAAAGUCAGACAGAACCAGGAGGCUAUUCCAGGACUCUUAGAACCAGGCAUCAGUCAAACAGGAGGGCAUCUAACAUGUCUUCUUCUGGAGGUGUGUCCAAAAUGUGGCCUGAACAGACUCUGGUGGUUGAGUAUUAAUAGAAGAAUUGGAUACACGUAUAUAUGCUUUUCCCUUCCUCAGUAUAUCAGCACACUUAAUAUUUGUAUUCCAGGUCAUAUGAAGAAAAAUAAUUUUCUAGCACAGUGACUAACCCCCUCACAAAUGCUGCAAAGGUUGAUUUCCUAGUCAGUCAUUAUUAGGAUCCCUUGUUGGGGUGUCUGCUAAUGACUUUUCACUUAAUUGGUCUUUAUUCUUGAAUUAAGGAUUUUGCUGCAGGUGAAAGAGAGGUGUCAGCUCCAAAAUGCAUACAUUUCAAACACUGAAAUAAAUGGACAUGGACUUGUAGCUAUUGCAAAACUAGCAUACAAUAGCCAUAACUUUCCUAGCCUUCUGCUCUAUGCUGCUCUUUAAUACAGGGGAGAUAAUGGGUCAUAAUUGGUACUGGAGAUAUGACUCUAACCCCAGGUCCUUUUGAAACUAUGCUGUUUUCAAGACUUAUUUCAAAGUCUAUUUGGUGUACACCAUAAAGAAGCUUCUAGCUUUUAAUGAGAUUGAGCAUGGAUUUGGCAACUUCAGAGCUGUUAGCUCAGAGGAGUACCUUCCAUGAGCCGUCCUCUCUGCUGAUGAUGAAAAAGGGAAUGAAGUUAAGUGGCCUGAAAAACUUGAAUCUCACAUUUCUGAGCUUUGGGGGUCAUUUACCAGUGCAUUGUAGAAGAAAUAAUCAGGUAAGUAGAAGUUCAUUUCCAGGGAAGGUAAACCCCACUUACCAUCUCUGCAUGAUUUCAACAGGAAUUGAUUUUCACUAAUCCCCAACUGGGCUAGAAUAAACAUAGGGUCUGACCUUUUUAAAAAGAAAAGAGAAAAAAGAACAAAGAAAGUCUCUUAACCUGUUAAAAGGAAUGAUGGGAAAGUAGCUGAAGUAGAAUGAAAUACCUCCAUUGCAGAUGUCUUCUCAUAUAUAUGUAGGACUCUGGUAUUACUUGCUAAAAUUAAAGAUUUUGGAAAAUUCCAUCAGCUAAAUAUGGGAUGAGACUAAUUGAAGGGAAGUGUGUGUGCGUGUGCAAGUGUGCAUGCACACAUUCUCUUAACACCCUGAACUACCAAAUGUGCAUAUUUUCAAUGCUAGAAGAACUUUGUAUUUUCAAGUAUGCAAUUUAAAAAUGAAUAUGAAGGAAUUGUGAAAGGGAAAUCUUAUUAUGCAGCUGUCUCUUGGCAAAGUUCUUUUAGCUAAAUCCUAAUAUUCUGAGAGACUCUGAACUGAAACAAUGGCAUAUAUUAAUGUCUGUGAUUGUCAUAAAUGUGAAAACCUUUAACCUCUUACUGAAGAGAGGCUGUGGCUACUCUAUGUUGGUCCCCUGCUUGUGUCAAAACAAAUUUCAUCUUUUGAUUUGGUACAAUCAGAAACUGAAGAUGAAAGAAAUACAUUUCUCUCUCUCAUUUCUCAUUGGUCUGAAUACCUGUAGUUGAUUUAACACAUUUCUUAAGUGAGGAAGAAAUUUUUCAGGGGGAGAAAUUGGUAAGAGUUUAAAUGAUUUUUUUUUCUGGGAUUAUAUUGGACAUAUUAGAGAUUAACCCUUAUAGAACUUGAUUUCAUAUGAGAAAUCCCCAUUGCCUCAAGUGAGAGUGAUCCCACACCCAAAUCAUGUGGCCUUGGUGAGCUAAUCUACAGAUCUGAAUCUAUGGCAGCCAAGUUGCUUGCAAAUGGAAAGGAGAAUUCCCUCUGUUGCAAGCCACACUCUAGUCUUUAUCUCCUGAUCAAGUUUAGUUUUACUCCCUAACUUUUCUCCCCACAUAUUGGAGUUAUGUAAACAAGCUUACUGGGAUCUGAGAAAAUGACUUUCUCCCUUUCUCUCUGUCCCUUCCUGUUCACACAUCAGAUAUAUCUCCUUCCCCGUUUGACAAAGGAUGUCAUUGUUACAGAGAUGUCAAGUUUCAUCGUUGCAGGCUUCACUCACCAUAAAUGAAUCCAUCCUCUCUUCCUGUUGCCAGUUUCACUAUAUGUAUCAUAAGAUGUGAAGAUCUUAGGGAGCAUGAGCUGAGUAUUGCACUCCUUCACACCUUUGCUCAUUGCUCAUAACCAGAAUUUUGGGUGCUAAGGAGAGAAAGUGGUAAAUCCGUGAGUGUGGCUAUCUGAUUUCCAAGUGAGUUUCUGGAACCUCACUGUUGGAAGUUUAGCUCAUGUGACCUGAGACUUCCCAGAAAGAAGACAACUGAAAAUUGUUUUCUGACCAAUGCAGUUGGCCACUCAGCUACUUUGAGUAAUAGGGCUUUUCUCUCUGACUAUGAAUGUCAUUUUAAUAUUUUGAUCCACUCCCCCCACCCCACCCCACCCUUACACCUGGCAACUCUUGGCACCGAAGGAACCUAUAGUUUGCUAGGGUGUGGGCUUGUGCAAUCACCUUGAGAAAAAUACUACCUUCUUUAAUGCUUUCCCAGAUUGGUAAGAAAGUGAGUCCAACCUAAGCAGUGGUUGAAAGGGGGUGUUCAGACAGACUGGAACUGUGAGGAUGGGGCUAGGAGUAUAGAGAUGUGAGGUUUCCUAGGAGACUUUGGUUUUGUUUAGCUUUUUGUUCUCUAGACUCAAGUAACAAGCGCUUUGACUUUUGUGAUUAUGUUAUGGUGAUGUAUAGUUAACGUACUAAUAUAUUCAAGAGCUAGGAUCAUGGUAAUAGAGUGUGUUUUUUUAACUGUUCCAAAAAAGUAACUUAAAUUACAAAUAUAAGAUUAAAUUGUCAAUUUGC